CUUCAACUAACUCCUUUCAACUAACCUCUUCUUCUCCACUGACAAAACCCCAAUUCCCCCAAAUUCCUCAUCCCUAAAUCCCAUUCCUGCUCUUCUCGCUCUAACCAAAAUGAUGGACGUCGACCCCAAAUUCGGCAAGCCCGCGUAUAAUCCGGGUCGGGCCGACCUGGACCAGAUAUCCGACGCUCCGGCCCGGGUGGCGUUCCACCGCCGGGCCCACUCGGAGACCUUCUUCCGCUUCCCAGACCUCGACGACAUCCUCGUCGACGGCGUCCUCGCUGACCUCAACCUCGAGACGCCGCCGUCUAUGCACGCGGCGGCGCCGCCGCCUCAGCAGCAGCCGAAGAGGAGCGACGGGCUGGCGCACCUGCGGAGCCUGUCGGUGGACGCGGAUUUCUUCGAGGGGCUGGUGCUGGACGGGCCGCCGUCGGCGGAGGCGGGGCCGCGGCACAGGCAUAGCAACUCGAUGGAUGGGUACUCCAGUACGACGUCGUCGUGCGAGGUGGAUUCAAAUGCGAAGAAGGCUAUUGCUGCUGAUAGGCUGGCGGAGCUCGCCCUGAUUGACCCUAAGAGAGCCAAAAGGAUACUGGCGAAUAGACAAUCUGCUGCACGAUCUAAAGAGAGAAAAACACGCUACACAAGUGAACUGGAGAGGAAAGUUCAAACUCUGCAAAGUGAAGCCACCACGCUCUCAGCUAAGAUCACAUUGUUGCAGAGAGACACGAGCGGGUUGACAGCUGAGAACAAGGAACUCAAACUGAAGCUGCAGGCCAUGGAACAGCAAGCACACCUCAGAGAUGCUCUGAACGAAGCGCUGAGGAAUGAACUGCAGUGGCUCAAGAUUACAGCCGGCCAAAUGCAUGGCUCCAAUGGAAGCAGCAGGGGAUCGUCCUCCCCAUUUUCACCACCCCGGCCUCCAAUGACAAAUUACUAUGCGCAGCAGCAGCAGCAGCAGCAUACAAGUCCCAACAACGCAAGACGCAGUCCAUAGCUGCAACCUAACUGGAGGAGUUGAUGAUGAUGUCAUUUGUAAAAGAGAAGUAUAUUAUGGAGUUGUAUAUAAACACGUACGCAUGCUCUGCCUUGUAUUACGAUCUAUAGUCUAGAGAAAGCUGCUAGAAAUUAUGUUAUCUGUGUAAAUGUAGUGUUUACAUACAUGCAUACUACUGAAUGCCUAUCUUGUAUCAUGACCACUUAGGAAAGCUUCUUUGCCAGAAUAUGUAGCUCUUUAAUACGUUAAAACCAA